UAAAUCGAAUUAGCGCCGUAUUCAUUGUUGCCCUGUAUUACAUGUAAAUUGAUUUAAAAACUUGAAAAUUGAACCGAAUUUUUUCACCCAAUAGUAUAUAAUAUAAAUAGUACACCGUGUGUUUGUUUUCAAAAUGCAUUUCGUAUGAACCUAAACAUCUAUUAAUUGUAGACAAAUGAAUAAACGAUCAACGACAAUCGACGAAAAACGAACAACGAUAAAUGUUCAUGUAUAUGGAAAUAUUUUUAAAACGAGCUCUGUGCUCAUGGAAGUCGGGUUUAAAGGAGAAUGCUUAAAUGUGAGAAUUGCUGUCAAGGUGAUUUAUGCCCGGUUGCCGUCGAGUAUCUAAAUUCCAGUUGACUUUAUUUAUGUGGCUUGAGUGCUGUUUGAACUGGCAUUGCAACGCGAUCACAGAAACAAUAGCGGAUUAAAACAGCGUGAUCAUCAGAGUGAUUUACGUAGAUACCCUCGACGUAAAUGUGAAAACGCUUAGCGCGAAAAGAUGGCGGAACCGAGUGACAGGAAUCAAUUACCGCCCGGUUGGGAAUGCAGAUACGACAUCCGUAGUGGUCGCCCCUAUUUCAUAAAUCACUUUAAUCGCACUACGACAUGGGAAGAUCCGAGAGUGAGAUAUUGGCAGUAUUCUCAAUAUGUGCAAUCUCAAAACUCAACAGCCCUAAGUUCAGCGACCACUACUACUUCGCAAGAUAUUCCUAUGCAGACUGGAGGAAGCGGAGGUGGGCAUUUAAAUUACACGGGUGCUCAUAGAGCGCCACAAAUUUAUCCAACACCGUCCCCUUAUCAUAAUCCACAACUAGCAUUUUUACCUCCCAGUGCGCAGGAACUGAAAACUCCAUUGUCGCUAAAGUCCACCAGUGCGAUGACAACUCGGUUCGGUGAUAUGACUUUAGGCUCCCCGACUCCAGUGAGAAACACUGAGACGAGUUUCACGCAAAAUUCCGACUCCGAAUCGCAAGUGGCAAAGAUCAAUGCUGUGUUUCCGACAGUCUCUGACACACACAUUCGCCUUUUACUAAAGAAAUACCAUAACAGAGCAGCUUUGGUCAUGAGUGCUCUUCAAGUGGAAAAGAAUCCUCUUUGCGCCCCGGGACCGUGCACACCUGUGGGAGUGCAUUCGAAUUAUGCAAUCCCGAGAUGGCGUCUACCGGCUCACGCUAUACAUGCAGCGUUAACAUUGAGUCCACCUCGCGGGGUUCGGCCAGCCCCUAACUCCCCAAAAAUGAAACUUAGGUACCUGAAAAAUGUAUUUCCAAAAGUGGAUGAAACAAUAUUGCUGGAUAUAUUGGAACAGAGUGAUAACAAUGUACAGAAAGCAUCGGAGAAAUUAAUUGAGCUGGGCUAUGAAAAACGAAAUCCUACCGUUCCUGCAAAAGCCUUAGCCAAAAAAAAGGAAGAAGAAGAACAGACUCGGAAUGAACAAACCGCACCUACACCUCCCCCACGAAUGAAGAGUGCAGAAGAAAAAACUAAGAUGAAAGCGCGUUUAACGGAAAAAUAUAAAACUGUGCCAGAUCGAGUGGUCAUGCUUGCCAUGGAUAGCGUGGAUUAUGACGAAGAAAGAGCAAUACAUAUAUUAGACAUAGUAGUAUCAGAGGAAGCCACUCGACCAUUAUGUACUUCUAGUAGUCAAAGUAGUAAAAGCGACGAACGAAAAGAUAGCCCACCAGUAACAGAGGCUAUAAAAUUAACCGCUUCUCCGAUCAAAAAGAUCAAUAGAGAUGGAGAAGGCGAAAAGUCGAAAAGGUCCAAAAAUAAGACUGAAAUACCGAAGGUUUCACGUGGAACCAGUACUACCGAGGAUAAAGAAUACAAGUCUCCCUAUUUAAUAAAACCAAUCGGAUCAAACUCGGAUCUGGCGAAAGGAGCAAAUAAUGAUCUACUAUUGCCAGAUUAUGCGCCGUGGUCAGGACCGGAUCCGAAUUUGUUGGUCAAGCAACCGUUUUCAGGACUCGCAAUGGGACGCGAUGGGAGUUUACUCUCCACAACUCAUUGCUUCACUAAAGGUCCGCAGUCCGAAUUACGGAAAGGACCAAUAAGGGGAUUGGCCCAGGGCUCUAUUUAUUCACAGAGAAAUGUGACCAAUACGGAGAGCCGCGGUAAAUGAAAUAUGUGCAACUGUUUUUCUCUUGAUAUUUUUGCUUUAGUUAAAUAGUUAGAUUAUUCAACUUUUAUUUAGUUGGAACUACAUGAUUAUCUUGAUUUUGAUACGCUAUUAUUUGAACUCGAAUAUUUUUAUAUCAGUUUUAAUCGUUUUAGAGGUAAUAACCUGUUUAUUCUUGUUUAUUUCUGUGUUAUAUUAUUCAAUAAAGAUUUAUAUUUUGUUGAUAAAAAAAUUUAUACAUAAUUGUUUAGUGAAAAUUAUUUCUCUGGAAAUUUUAUUUAUAUUUGUCGUAUAAGUUAUUUAUGUUUGGAAAAUGUCAUGGACGAGAAGUCUAUAUUUGAAACGCUAUGAAUUUUGAUGAGAGAAACGUAAUUGCAGUGCAUUCACUUUUUCCGCAAUUUUUUUCGAAGAGUAGAUGUAUUCUACCGUUGAAGUAAAUAAUGUAUAUUUACGUACAAUCAUACGUUGUAAGAUGCACGAUAGAUGAACGAAACAAGCUGUCGAGAUUUUAAAAAUGCGACAAUUUGUAUUUCAAGAAAAAGCUGGAAUUCAAUACUCCAAUACUUCUCAGUGGCAAAUACAUUAGAAAAAAGUGAUCUUCCCCGUACAUAGUCAUAUUAUGUGUUAUAAAAUGCUCUUCUAUGUAAUAAUUGUAAUAAUGGAAAAAAUAUGCAUACAUAAAUUUUACAACAUUUUUAUCUUUGACAUAUCUUAUGGAGUCCAAUAUUAUUUGCAUAUAGAGCAUGUCAAAGUCAAUUUGUCAGUUUUACAGAACAUAUUUGAGUAUUAUCUUUAUAUACAAUACACAAUUUAAAUAAUUGAACUAUAUAUAUGUUCAUAUCUAAUUAAACAGUGCGUGUAACAAAAAUCGUUUUUAAACUUUCAUGAAUAAUUACGUAUCGUGCAUUAAUUGAAUAUAUAAGUUUAGCAAACAAUUUUGGUAUAAAUGAUGUUUAUUAGUGACUGUGAGGCUUCGAAAAUUAGUGUCGAUUUCUUGUAAUAAUCUAAAGUAUCACUGAUUAUUGGCAAUGGUUUCUAUUUGUUAAAACAUUUGAUUAAUGUGCAAAAUAUCCUUUUUUUUCUUUUACAUAAUAUUAAUAAAACUACUAACUUUGGCUUAUCUCUGCAUUUUAAUAUAAAAAUUGUAAAAUUAAAAUAACUGAGAAAUUAUAUAAAAAAAUUUUAUUCUUUUUAAGUUUAAAUUUAUUGAGAAAUAUUCAGAAUAUUUAUAUUUUAUGUCUUGUUAUUGUUAAAGUUAUUUUUCAAGAAUUGUAUUAACAUAUUUAAUUCUGAGUGCUGUAUAAUAUAACCUCAUUAAUAAUAUUUUGAAUUAACAAGUUCAGAAGUCGGCAUUAAUUUAUGAGUCUUAGUUAUUGACUAAUAAUUUUACAUGUGAUCGUUAAUAUAUAACGAAAAAAUACAGUAUUAAUAUUUCUUGUGGUAUGUGUAAUAUUCAUCGUAUCAAUUUUAAAAUAAGUAAAAAUAUAUUAUUUUGAGGAAUUUAUCAGUAUUAAAAAUUACAAAAUUAUUAUUAAAACUAUCUUUUCAUUUAAUAACAUUAUUUUCGAAAAUUACCCUUUAACAUAAAAUUCCUGCUGUUAACGAUAAAAAAUUUUAAAUUUUGGAUAAACAGGGAUUCCCAAUAAAAGUUUCACACAAUGGUUUAAAGAUAAAUAUUUUAGUAUUGAUAAAUCCCUUAACAAGAGUACGGAAUGUGAACUCUUGCUUUUCUGAUUUUGAUGAAGUGAAGUUCAGAAUGAGAAUUUUAUCUGAAAUCUGAAGCCAAACAUACAGUAUUAAUAUAUAUUUUAAUGAAAUAGAUGUAAAACAAUUCUCCAUUAGAUGAGUGUAUAUUUAGAAAUACGUUUUAUAAGCUGGCAUUGUAAAAAGCAGAUGAAACAAACAACAGGUGAAAUAUUGUAUGAAAGUAGCAUAUCUCUAAUGCAACAAAAUCUUCAUCGAUUGGUAUGCAGAAUGGGCCAUAACCAAAAAAUAAGGUUUCUAAUAGUAAAUUAUAAUAUGUAAAGAUAGAUAUUUAUAUAUACAACGUAUAUAUAGUCAAGUUUUAAUGUACAGAAAUAUUUUCAUAGCUUGAUUCAGGAAUCGAUCCAGCCUUUACGAAUAUUUAAGAUAUGACUAAAAUGUUAAUAACAGAUGGGCUGUGGCUGAGAUGUAUGUUGAGAGCUAUUUUUAUAGCUUUUUGACUCUUGAAAACAAAAAUUACAAGGAAUAAAAUAAUAUAUUUUGACUAUAUUUUGAGCAUUGCCAUUAAUACUAAAAAGAUAUGUACAAGUAGAGUAACAAACGUCCUUUCAUAAUAUUAGUCAUUUUCAAUUAAUAAUAUAUCUGUUGAAAUAUAUUUCCUUACAACAUACACACAUACAUACACUUAACACACAUGUAUUCUUCUAAUGGAAAAAGCAUUAUUUAGUCAAGUGAGGUUUAUAAUGUUUGUUCCACAUAAAUAAUUACAUGUUACUUAGGAUUUCGUGCAUAGAUGUUAGUCAUUUUGUGCCACUGUAUGCGCAUCUUUAAAACUUAAUCUCAAAUGUGUAUUCUUAUAUUAUUAAAUUGUGUUCUUUAUGCGUGAAUAUGCAGAUAACCCCGGCUGCUUGAUAGUUAAAGUCGUAGAUUCCGAGUUAACCAUGUUAUAUCUAUGCUUAAAUAUUUUGCGAGUAGACAUAUUUUUCAUAUAUCUCAACUAAUAUCUAACGUCCACGGAGAACAUACGCUGAAACGUCCUUACUUCUUACUUGAUAAUUUAAUGUAUUUUGUUAUGUCGCUAUAUUUGUUUAUUAUGUUAUAUAGCCAUGAAGCUAAUAACAAUUAUAUCAAAAUGUUACAUUCCUAGAUCAUUCAGAUAUGUAAUACCUACUUGGGCUGAUUAUCUAAACAGCAAUAUAAACGUGACGUAAAUG